UUGACGAUUGUCAUUCAAUUACGAAUAUCGCCAAUGGAACCGAUCCGACCUUUAUACCCGUAAUCAACACCAAUCGCUCAAUGCUGGACAAUUAAUUAGAGUCGUCGAACGGUAUUGCUUAGUUCACCUUGAGCAACUGCACAGCGAUGAUGUGUCUCAUCGACAGCAUCCCGAGGGUCCUCCGUGCCGGAAGAUGCAACAUAGGAGCAAAUUUCAACAGAGAAAUCCUAGCAGCUUCGUCCGUGGGACUUUCGAGGAGUGUGACCUGUAGGGCUGAUACCCCGCAAAAAAGAUGGCGUUCAACGUCGGCCGGAAACGGAUCUUCCUACCUUUUUCAUCAAGGUUCCGAACCCUUGUUGGAAAUGACGAUUGGUCAGCUACUGGAUCAGGCGGCAAACCGAUACCCUGACAGGAUUGGCCUUGUAUCGAUGAAUCAAAAUGUCAGAUUGACUUUCAGCGAGAUUCUGCAAAGGGCUGACAAACUGGCAGCUGGUCUGAAGCAGUUGGGACUUGAAAAGGGAGACAGAAUCGGUAUCUGGGGACCGAAUACGGUCGAAUGGUAUUUGACCUUCAUGGCGAUAGCUAGAGCGGGAUUUAAAAUGGUCGGAAUGAAUCCGGCUGAUCAAUCUAACGAACUGGAAUACGGAAUACAGAAGGUGGGAAUCAGAGCAGUGGUGGCUCCGGAUAUUUUCAAGACGCAGAAAUUUCCGGAAAUGCUUCUGAGCGCCAAGAAAAACUGUCCGACACUCGAGCACAUCGUCAUUGCCGGCGAUCAUCAUCUAACAGGAACCCGGAGGUUCGUCGACGUCGAAUCUCUGGCCAGUCGGGUUCAAGUGGAAGCUAUCGGCGCUGAACAGAGCGAAAUCUCACCGAACGACGGAGCCUGCAUUCAAUUCACUUCCGGAACAACCGGAAGACCGAAGGCCCCCGAAGUUUCCCACAGGUCGUACGUAAACAAUGCAAGACAGGGGAUGAAAAGAGCGCAGCUCGACGUUGGUCAUCACACUGUCUGUUUGAACGUGCCGUUUUUCCACGCGUUCGGGAUCCUUAUGGGACAGCUGGCCACCCUCCACGCCGGAGCGACGAUGGUGUUGGCCGGACCUUCGUUCAAACCAAAAGAAUCCAUCGAUACAGUUGUCAAGGAGAAGUGUUCCAUGAUGUACGGGACCCCGACGAUGUGGGUCGAUCUGGUGAACGCCCAGCAAGAGAUGAAAGCGCCCAUUGAAAAGCUCGCUAACGGAGUGACUUGCGGAUCUCUAGCGUCACCGGAACUUUUCAAAAGAGUCAGAGAAACAUUCGGAUUCGACAGUAUGAAGUCGUUGUACGGACUUUCGGAGACGGUGAUAUGUUUCCAAACCCUACCAGGUACUCCGGUGGAGACUGCGGAGUCGACGGUUGGACACAUCUCCGAUCACAUCGAGGCCCAGGUGGUAGACGAGAAUGGAGUUCUCGUUCCCUUCGGUACGCCCGGAGAGCUCUGGGUUCGCGGUUACCACACGAUGAUCGGCUACUGGGGUGACGAAGAAAACACGAAAAAAACCAUAAGCGAGGAUGGCUGGCUCAAAACCGGAGAUCAGUUCAUCCUGAGUCCCGACGGUCACGGUAAAAUUCUCGGCAGACUCAAGGAUAUGGUCAUCAGGGGCGGUGAAAAUAUUUAUCCAAAGGAGGUACAGGAUUAUCUGGAGACCCAUCCUGCGGUGAUGGAAGCCAACGUUUUUGGGGUGUACGACGAGCGCAUGGGCGAGGAGGUCUGCGCCUGCAUCAGACUGAGAAACGGAGCUGAGCUGACCGCUGCGGAUAUCAAGUCGUAUGGGAAGGGAAAAAUAUCGCAUUAUAAAAUUCCUAGGUACGUCUUCUUCACGCAGAAUUUCCCGAGAACAACGAACGGAAAGAUCAAGACCAACGUGCUCCGAGAAAGUCUCGAGGCGAGAGGCGUAGUACCCGCGAGACCGAAACCGACUUAAGGACCUCGAUAAUCUCUCGGCUGAUUCUCUUUGAACGUUUUCAAGACGACUCGCUCAAAAUGAGACAGAGACGUCGUGUAUUUUGAGUUAAUUUGAAGUGUUGCUGGUUUUUCUUCAAUCCUUUUUGAUCUUAAAACGCUAAUCAAAUGACCAAUGAACUUUUGUGCAAUAUCAAAAUAUGUAAUCAAUAUUGCGUGAAAGAGUUAUCGCGUCAAAAAGUGAAAUUCCGAUUAUGGAACACUCUCAAACCUAAUGACAAUAUUCAUCAAAAACCACACCCGUUAUUUGGAAUUUCAAAAUUACCCGUUCAAUGUAAUUUAAAACAAAUUAAAUAGAGCAAAACGAUUGCCAACUAAUUUUUCCGAUUGUACUUGUCAAAACUAGGACGUAUGACACAAUUUUCCGGUAUCGGUGGAAAGAUAAUCACCUACAAUAAUAUUUAUCAUCACCUGAUGUUUAUCCAGUGAAAGCUAUCUACUAAUGUUAUCUAAUUUUUUAUGUUAUGUAUCCUUGGUUAUUUCAUAUGUAACAUAUGCACUAAUUAGCAAUGACGGGCAUGUGAAAGCCCGAUGACGAAUCAAUACGCAUGAAAGAAAAUUAAUAAAAGAUAAGAAAUAUCUAUAAAAA